AAAAAACCCUAGCUUCUUUUCGUAGUCUCGCGAUAGUCACCGCGAGAUUUCGGUCUGCCAAAGCUGAGUUGUGUGUGGACGAUCAUGGCGGAGCGCAGGAGGCAUAAAAAACGGAUCCAGGAGUUGAGCGAGCUCACCAAGGAGGAGAAGGCGGUGGCCAAGUACCUGCGCUUCAACUGCCCCACCAAGUCCACCAACAUGAUGGGCCAGCGAGUGGACUACUUCACCGCAUCCAAGGCCGUGGACUGCAUACUGGACUCCAAGUGGGCCAAGGCCAAGAAGGGCGAGGAGGCGGUCUUCACCACCCGCGAAUCGGUGCUGGUCUACUGCAACAGACUCCUCAAGAAGCAGUUUUUCAACCGAGCGCUCAAAGUGAUGAAGAAGAAGUCCGAGAAGGACCCCAAGAAGGACAAGAAGUCCAAAGGCGACAGCGGCAAGGAGGAGGACAAGAAGGGCAAAAAGGACAAGAAGAAGGAGGCGGCAGACGCCGGAGAAACGAAGAAGGACAAAAGCGACGACAGCCCCAAAAAGAAGAAGGAGGUGAAGAAGAAGUUCAAGCUGGAGCCGCACGAGGACCAGCUCUUCCUCGACGGAAACGAGGUGUACGUGUGGAUUUACGACCCCGUCCCCUUCAAGACAUUCGCCAUGGGGCUGGUCCUGGUGAUCGCCGUGAUCGCCGCCACGCUUUUCCCGCUGUGGCCCGCGGAAAUGCGCGUGGGCGUCUACUACAUGAGCGUGACCGCCGGCUGCUUCGUGGCCAGCAUUCUGCUCCUCGCCGUCGCUCGCUGCAUCCUGUUCCUGUUCAUCUGGCUGGUGACGGCCGGGCGCCACCAUUUCUGGCUCCUCCCCAACCUGACGGCCGACGUGGGCUUCAUCGACUCCUUCCGCCCGCUCUACACGCACAAGUACAAAGGCCCGCGGAGAAGCGGCGGCAAGAAAGCCAAGGACGACAAGGACGGCGGCGCCGAGGCCCGCAAGUCGGACAGCGACGACAACAAGUCGGACAGCGAGAAGAAGGACGAGGAGGAGGAGGAGGACGAAGAGGAGCGCGAGGAAGAGGAAGGCCGGCGCUCGGACACGGACAGCGAGCGCAGGGAGGAGGACGGCUCGCAGCACAGCAACGGCAACGACUUUGAGAUGAUCACCAGGGAGGAGCUGGACCAGCACACGGAAGAAGACGAAGACCAGGAAGAAGCGGGGAAAGACGCUCGAGUCCCCGCCGCUCAGUCGUAAAAAAAAAUUCCACCCCCCCCCCCCCCAAAAAAAAAAAAAAUUGCCGCAGACUUCCCACCCCUCGCCCGGGGGGGUCACCCGCCGUCUCCUUCUCGCGUCAUUUCAAACUGCAGCAUUUGCAAACGCGGAAACUUUUCAUGGGAAUUCAACGAGAAUAAAGUUACAAAACGGAAGGUUGCGCAGGCGCAAACGUCUGACGGCCAAAACGCGAAAAAGGUCCUCAUGGGGAAGUAGAUUUUGAAUUUUGAACACAUUUGUGCGACGUACACUUUUCACUGGUAAUAAUUCAACCGGCGACAAUUCGCUGUCUGAAAUUCACCGUCGGGUGCCACCAGACAGACAGCAAAGCGUAGCAACUAUUGAAAAAUGUCAUUUUAAAUUCAAAUCCCCGUGGCACUCAUUUACUUCCAUAUUUUAUGUUUCCUUAUGUUAUAGCAAACAUAAAUAGUUGCUAAAAUAUGAGCCUCAGCUGAAAGGUUGGAGAUCAUAGAGUACAAAAAAAAAUCCAGAAGUAAAAUUGUUUUCGUCGAGAAAUGAACAGUCAUCGGAUUCACUGCUGCCAAAAUUUGGAGUUGGGAACCAACUUUGGAUACGUUGCCCGAAUAAAGGUGGGGGGAGGGGGGCGAACAUGGGGGAGGGGCUCCGGCGCUAGGCAACUGCUUUUGACAUUUCAUUUCUCACAAUUCCCAUGGAAAGUUUAGAAUAUGGAAUAUUCUGUUUCAAAAAUUUCCUUUACUUACUGGAAUCUCACCUGCCCCCCACCCCAAAACAAAAAAAAAAAUACACAGGUCAGUUCACACAGCAAAGGUCCAACGGUCUUUUGUCCCGCAUUUUGUGCACACAUCUCCACGGAACCAAGAGGGACCAACCCCUUUUUUUAAAAAAAUGUUUUGUUGUUGUUUUAAAAGAACCGAAAAGCAAGGCGGUCUUGUAAGGUGAACUUUAUUUUGCCCUCCCCCCCA